GAUAUUGGUGUUAAUCUGACAGAUGGCAUGUUCAGAGGAUUAUACCAUGGAUCACAGAAACACAAAGAUGAUUUUCAAGAUAUUCUACAGAGAGCAUUCAAAGUGGGGAUGAAGAAGGUAUUCUACUCUUGAGCCUACAUCUAGAUGAUUCAGCCAGUUUAUCAUGGCAUGUAUAUUUACUGCAAGCCAGUAGCGGCCGCACAGAAACGCCUACUUUAAAAGGUGUACAGUAGGCUGAUGAUGAUAACAGGUGGUUCACUGUCUGAUAGUAAGGAAGCAUUGGAAUUAGCUCAAACCAAUGAUGCCUUAUACAGUACAGUUGGAUGUCACCCUACCAGGUGUACAGAGUUUGACAAACACCCUGAGAGUCCAGAAGAAUAUCUUGGAGACCUUCUUAAUCUCAUACAGAACAACAGAGAGAAGAUUGUAGCAUUGGGUGAAUGUGGAUUAGAUUAUGAUAGGCUUCACUUUUGUCCGAAGGAUACACAACUAAAAUAUUUUGAGAAACAGAUGAUACUUGCUGAGGAAACCAAUCUUCCUUUAUUCCUUCACUGUAGAGCAUCACAUCAAGAUUUUAUAGAUAUUGUAAAAAGGAAUAAAGAUAAAAUCAAAGGAGGUGUGGUGCAUUCAUUUACUGGAUCUAAAGCAGAAGUUUCAGAAUUAUUAGACUUGGAUUUUUUCAUUGGCAUCAAUGGAUGUUCACUGAAGACAGCAGAGAACAUAGAAGCAAUGUGCACAAUACCAAAGGACAGGCUGAUGAUUGAAACAGAUGCACCCUGGUGUGAAGUGAAAGCAACUCAUGCUGGAUUCAAACAAGUCCAAACUAAGUUCCCUACCAAGAAGAAAGAGAAAUGGGAAAAAGAUAACUGUGUUAAAGGAAGGAAUGAACCAUGUCAUAUCAUUCAAGUUUUGGAGGUGAUGGCAGCAUCAAGAGGAGAGGAUAUCAAUGAGCUUGCUGAUAUUAUGUUUGAGAACACAGAAAAAAUGUUCUUCUGUAGGUGAUGAUUGCUCUACUGGUCUACAGUGACAUCAUUCUCUUGAUCCCUUGUGUAACUGACAUUGAACUGUUCUUGAUAUUCAUCUCUCUUAAUAGUAAUCCAUCAAUUGCUCUCAUGACAAAUGCUCCUCCGCUAAUUUCUCUGAAGAUAAAAGGGUAGGGGUAUAGUUGCAAUCAGGUUUUUGAUUUAAAAUCAUGUCAGGAUUAGAGUUAAGAUAAGAUUUGAAGUAGGGGUUUAUGUUUGACUUUAAAGGGGAAUCCAACCCAAAUAAAAUCUUAUUUUCAUAAGGAAAAGAAAAAUCAGACAAGUUGAUAGGUGAAAGUUUGAACAAUAUUGGACAAACAACAAGAAAGUUAUGAAUUUUUAAAAGUUGUAAAUAUUGGUAAUCACUAUACCCAUGGAGACUUCAAAUUGGCCGCAUAUGGGAUGUCAUAGUGAUGUAAGGCAAGGACUACUCUUCCAUGUACUCCAAUACAUAUUAUGGCUAAAAUAUCAUUUUUCCAAAAAGUUUUAUUUCAAAUUAUAUUUUUCUUUCAUGAGGACUUAUAACGAUAUACUACCUGGGUUAUAUUUAGAUUACUGCCCCAGGGGAAUGGGUACUUAGGAGAAAACCACAAAUCCCUGAUAAUAAAGUAAAUGGCCUAUGGGAAAGUUGUCCUUGCCCCUUGUCAUAAUUUACUUACCCAGUUGCCAAUUUGAAAUCUACAUAGUACUAGUGAUCUAAAUAUUUAAGCAGCUAUAACUUUUUAUCGCUUGUCCGAUUUCUUUCAAACUUUCACCAAUCUGUUUAAUUUAUUUUUCUCCUUCCCAACACAACAUUUUAUUGCCAAGGCUGGGUUCCCCUUUAAUGUGUGCAUUUUCAGUAGGAGUUGUUGGAGGAGUAAAUAUCAAGGAGUCCAUUUUAGAGACUAAUUUAUAAUUCAGGGCCAGCCAACUCUGGGAAAGCGAUAGAAAUCCAUAUAACAUAGUUUGAGUUGAGCUGCCUUUCCUUUGCAUUGUCAGAUUGACAUGGGAUGUUGAGAUAAUGACAUCUAUUGUUUGAUUUUUUUUUUGUGACGUCAUAAGCGCACAGCUUAUAUGGGGCAGCUGCUCGCACAGUGCAUAUGACAAAUCUAAAAGCUGAAUUCUAAAAAACUUCUUUAAUCUUUGAUGGAUUUUUCUCAAACCUCCAAUGUUUAUCAUUUUGGGGGUAUUUUUACAUGAACUUUUCAUGAGGGUGAACUUCCCCUUUAAAGGUCACAAAACAUACAAUUCAUGUUAUCUUCAGUUAACGUGUACGAGUCUCUACUUCACUAAAUCAUUAACUCUUGAGUUUAGAUGUAGAUCAUAUAAUUUCAAGAUUUUUUUAAUUUCAUUUUUCGUACAUGUACCUGCAGUAUACUAAGCCCCGCCCCAUUAAGAUCCACUGUAUCAUUGUUUGCCUCUUGUAAUGUCACAGGAGGCAGAAAUAAGCAUAACAAUGCUAUGUGCCAUUGCUAAUAAUCACAAGUCUUCAAACACUAGAGCCUACAUAACAACCAUUCAAACUGUCAUUUAGUUACUGCUUGUGAGGUGGUAUUGUAUAAAGGCUUGUAAGUGUUAGCAAUGGUACAUAGUUAUGGCAAGUUGCAUUGCUUUGUGUAUCAAUUGUUAUGCCUCCUGUGACAUAAGAGACAAAAAAUUAUCUCAUUGAUUUUAAGGGGGCGGGGCGUAAUGCAGAUAAAUGAAAGAAAAAUGAAAUAGAAAAUAUUGAAAUUAUAUGAUGUACAUUUAAACCCAGCAGGACAUGAAAGUAAAGACUCAUUAACAGAAAGUAUUCUGUUUUUUUUUUUAUGUCAGGGGACAUUUCAUUCUAGGUCAAUCACAAAUAUUAGCAUCAUCAGAAGAGUAAGCUGAAUGGAAAAAAAAAAUAAACUUGUUUUAUUUCUUUCUGUGAAUUGUCCAACCUUACAACAAAUAUAUCAUACAUGAAUUCAGUCCAACGUACAGUGUUACAAUGUACAGGUAGCAAUAUCAUAGAAUGUGAAAAUGGAUUACAAACUAGCAAAUACUCUUUACAGUCGGUAAACUGCCUCAAAAAAUAAAUCAGAAGUGAAAUACAGGAAAUGGAUAUACACUGUACUUGUUUAACAUCUACACAUGAAAUGAUCACAAAAAAAUUCACAAUAAAUUCCUCAGUUUUCCAUUUUCUUAAAUGAAAGUUUGUGUUCUGAACAUCAAAUUCUAUAUUUUGAAGUGACAUGUAAAAACAUAAGGCAAUUGUGAAUAGUGAAUAUCUAAGAAAAACCAGUAUCCAUUUUAAUAUAUUCACUGCAGAAUAGAAAAAGCUUGUCAAUGACUUUGCUAAAAGAAAUUAUUGGCCGACUUUGCUUUAAUUCUCAUGAUUUUUGUGGUAUUUUAGUAAUUCAAAAUGUCUAACAUAAAAACAUUGUGCUUUCCAUAUUCUGUGAAUUCCAUGAUUUUUUUCAAACUGGCGACUCUAUGACCCUUUACCAAAAUUUAUUAAUCUUGAAAUGCCUCUAGACCAAGUGUUAAGACAAUAGUAAUAAAGGUAAAAGACACA